CCUGAGGCUGGGGCGGGAACCGCUCCGGGGACCCCAAGCCAGGCCUGCCUGCCUGCCUGCCUGCGUGCGUGCGUGGGUCGGAGCCCACGACAUCUCAGUAACUAAGAUUCUCAGAACACAUCUGUAUCAGAGACAGUGGGCAGUAAAUAGAUGGAGCCAAAGAGGAGUCAGACCGGACGCUUCUUCAAGAGCUCACAGCCUGCUAAGAGAAAGCAGGCUGCUACCAUGAACGUGACCAAGAAGGUGGCAGAGCUUCUGACUUUGAGCCACCAGGACGAACUAGUGGAGUUGCCAGACCACUACCCAUCGAGUACAAGUGAAGAUGAGGGGGGCAGUGAUGGAGAGAGAAAAUGUCAAAAGCUUCUGGAAGCAGUCAGUUCCCUUGGCGGAAAGAAGAGUUGGAAAUUGGCAGAGAGAUCGGAGGCUAGUCUGAAGGUGUCCGAGUUCAAUGUCACUUCUGAAGGGUCAGGUGAAAAGCUGGUUCUUUCAGAUUUGCUGGAGUCUGCUACAGCAUUAUCUUCGUUGGCUGCUGUGAAAAAGCAACUGCUCAGGGCCAGGUCAAAGACUCUUGCGGUACCCCUUGACAAAAAAGAGGCUGACCAGAUCCUCAGGGAAGCAGCAUUCAGCAAAACCUCACAGAUGCUCUCCAAGUGGGAUCCCGUUGUUCUGAAGAACCGGCAAGCAGAACAGCUGGUUUUUCCUAUGGAGAAGGAGCCGCCAGCUGUUGCUCCCAUUGAACAUGUAUUCACUGACUGGAAAACAAGAACUCCCCUGGAGCAAGAAGUUUUCAACCUCCUUCACAAGAACAAGCAGCCAGUGACAGACCCUUUGUUGACUCCCAUGGAAAAAGCCUCCCUUAAAGCCAUGAGCCUGGAAGAAGCGAAAAUACACCGAGCAGAGCUCCAGAGGACGCGGGCUCUGCAGUCCUACUAUGAGGCCCGAGCUCGAAGAGAGAAGAAAAUCAAAAGUAAGAAGUAUCACAAAUUUAUAAAGAAAGGCAAGACCAAGAAAGCCUUAAAAGAGUUUGAGCAGCUAUGGAAGGACUGCCCAAGUGCUGCAUUGCAAGAACUGGGAAAAAUGGAAGAGGCCAGAAUGAUGGAGCGCAUGAGCCUUAAGCACCAGGGCGGUGGGAAAUGGGCCAGGUCAAAGGCAAUUAGGGCCAGAUAUGACCUGGAGGCUCGCAAAGCUAUGCAGGAACAAUUGGCGAAGAACAGAGAACUGACACAGAAACUCCAGGUAGUUUCGGAGAGGGAGGAGGAGGAGGAGGAGGAAUGCACCGAAGAGGGAGUAAUCCCUGCCUCUGAUGGAAUGAACGACCUACAGAUGGAUGCAGCUGGUCGAAAUCCCUGGAUGCUCAGGAGUUGCAACAGCCAUGCAACAAGGGGUGAGAUCAAGACCGACCCUGGACAGCUGCCCGAACUGGUGGCUGAUGGGUCUUCUGAAAGUGAGAGAGAUGAGAAACCAGUGGCCAAAGAGCUUCUGGUGAAGGAAAAAGUCUUUCAAGAAAGAGUUGAGCCCAAUAGUGCUAAGCCAGUGGGUGGCCAGGAGACGGAAGACUCUGAUGGCCAGGAGGUAUUAUCUGAAUCGAGGGUAUUGCUUCAGAAACUCCACAAGGAAAACCAUCAAUCUGAGCAGCAAAAAGGGAGUUCAGUGGGAACUGUUCUCCAGACCCAGAGAGAGGAACUUGCUCCGGAGGAGAGCCCGAUGCUUCAAAGGCUAGAGAGAGCACCUGUUCUGGAAGAACAAGGAGAGUUGAGCAAAGAGGGACAUUAUCCAAAAAAGGGGCUUCCCAGACCUAUGGUAAAAGGAGAGGGGAAGGAGAGGAACCCACCCAGUAUACCUGAUGCCUCCAGAAAGAAGAGAAAAAAGGAACCAAUGAUUGAUCUACAGAAUCUCCUAACUACUAGACCUUCUGUGAAGUCUUUGGCAGUGCCCACAAUAGAGGAGUUGGAAGAUGAAGUGGAGACAGACCACAAGCAGAUAAUAAAGGAAGCUUUUGCUGGGGAUGAUGUCAUCAGAGAAUUCUUAAAAGAGAAAAGGGAAGCUGUAGAGGCAAGUAAACCAAAGGAUGUGGACCUGACAUUGCCUGGAUGGGGUGAGUGGGUUGGUAUAGGUCUGAAGCCCAGUGCCAAGAAAAGACGCCGUUUUCUCAUUAAAGCUCCUGAAAGUGCUCCAAGAAAAGACAAGAAUUUACCAAAUGUGAUUAUCAAUGAGAAGCGCAACAUCCAUGCAGCAGCUCAUCAGGUGCGGGCUGUUCCGCACCCAUUCACCCAUCACCAGCAAUUUGAAAGGACCAUCCAGAACCCUAUUGGGUGCACAUGGAACACCCAGAGGGCCUUUCAAAAGCUGACAGUUCCCAAGGUUAGCACCAAACUAGGCCAUAUUAUCAAGCCCCUAAAAGCAGAAAAUGUGGGCUACUGCUCUUCCUCAAGGUCCGACCUUUCUGUCCUACAGAGCAAUCGGAAGCAGCUCUCCAAAAGGCAGCAAAAACAGCUGAAGAAAAGCUCUUCAGAUUGAGCUGCUGGGGGACUAGCAUCUUUGUCCCUGGGACUAGGGACCUUGAGUGUUUCUCUUGGUUGCUUCAUAGUGCUUCAGGGGUAUUUCCUAAAUCGACAGAACACUUUGUAGUUAAACCACAUUGUAGAAAUAAGACAUUUUGUCUAGUAAAGAGCUUCCAUCCCAUUCUGAGAUAUGAUAAAGACAGAAAUUCAUUCAUAGGAAAAUGACUACCAUAAGUUAGAGUACCUAUGUCUAGUACCUAUCCUAGGAUUAAAGAGGGAUCAAUGAGUGGACAGAGAAAUUCAGGCUGGGAUAAGGGAGAGGAAGUAUGAGCAGCAAAGAGUGCUCAGUUAGUUUAGAUAUUAAGUUAAUAGCUUCUAAUGUGGCUUAUACAUGUAAUCCAGCAUUCUGAGAGGCUGAGGCAGAAGAAUUAUUUACUUGAGUGAGAACUUGGCUUACAAAACAAAACAACCCCAAAAGUAUUUUAGGAAGUUAAUAGACAAAAAUUAACACAUUUAGAGAUUUGGAGAACACAAUGAGAAUAGAUAGAGGUGACUAGAGUUUAUUUAAGAAUAAAGUGUAACAGAAUUGGGAGGAUUGAAAAGUCAGUUGUGGAGGGCCUUAAAUGUUUUGCAGAGGAAUUUGGGAUUACAUUUUAUUUCUUUUCUCUUAGGCAAUGCAGAGCAAGUAGGAUUUGUAUAGGGGAUAGAUGUGGUGACCUUUAUGUUAAAGGAAUGUGGGUGCCAAGCUGGCAGUGUGCAUGGGGAUGAGAGUUAAAGACCUCAGCUGUAGAAGUUAGAGUGAGCAUGGGCAGGAGGGUGGAUGAUAGGAAGUAGAACAAUCACUUGGCAAGAGAUCUGGAGAAUAAAGGGCAAAGGGAAUUUUACUACAUGCUUUGAAGUUUUGAGAGGGUUUUGGACCUGGGAGGAUUUAGCUUUCCAUUUAUUUAUUUUUGGAAAGAUGAAAGGUGGAGUGAUAAGUGUGAAGUGAAGCUGAGCAUAAUGGGAUAGUCCUUUCAAUCCCAGCACUUGGGAGCAGGCAGAAGCAGAAAUGGAUAGCUGCAAGUUCAAGGCCGGGAGGGUCUACAUAGUUCCAGGUAAGGAUCUCAUCGUUAGAGAGGGAUCUUUUAGUAAGUGAUGGCUAGAGUGGGCAGUGAGGGAGUGGCAAAGCUGGGUUUAGAGCUUUAUAGACUGGCAAGAACCACUCAGUAAGACACAUGAAAUAACUUCCUCUAGUUAGCCUCCACUAGGCAUUCAUUGUCUGGAGAGGCUUCAGCUAAAUUAGGUCCCAAAAUGUGUGACAUUGACCAGGGUUAACUACAGCUGUCUCCUUGAGGAUAGGAAUAGAGACUCUUGAGGGGGUGGUCAUGUUUUGGUACUUGGUGCUCAAGGCUUUUUCCGUCAAGAACAUGGCUGCAAAGAAUCCAUCUGUGAGUCUUUGGGACCAGAUCCAUGGGACAGGUGAGGCUAGAAAGGGAUAGUGUUCAGAGUGGGGGUCGUGGAGAGCAGAUCAAUGGAUGAAGGGCUUUGAGGUACUCAGCCCAUUGUAACUAUUCAUUUUUAAAAUACUGAAUUAGUUUUCUGUUGAUGGGGAUCUUGUUCUUGGGAUCCACAAAUCAAACUCUUUUGGGUCCCUGCUUUUUACUUCUUUAAUUUGAGUCACUUCAAUAAGGCAGUGCUCUGUAGGGUAUUUAUAUAUUUAUUUUAUAUAUUAUAUAUAUUUAUUAUGUUUUAUAAUUAUAUAUAUAUAAAAAUAAAAGGAUUAUAGGAAAAGUUGUCAUCUAAAUUACUAAAUUUUGUUUUUUCUUCUCUCACUAAUUGGGCCUCAAACCUUGGCCUCAGCCAGUCUAGGCAAGUGCUCUACCACUGAGCUACAUCCUCAGUUUUCUUUUUCUUUUUUGGAGAGGGUCUUAAUCUGCAUCUUAGACUGGCUUUGACAUUGAUGUGUAACCCAGGCUGGCAGGCUGGCCUUGAGCUCUCCUGCCUCCCCAGGAAACCUCCGGGAUUAAUCAUCUUUUUCUAUGAUACUGGGAUUGAACUCAUGGCCUUAUGUGUGCUAUUUAUGAGCUCUGUUGAUGAGCUAUAUCUGCAGCUGCCUCCCUACAUUUAGAACUAUAUUCCACCCCCCCCAGGGAGCCCCCCUCCCCCUUUUUUCUGUUUUUGGUUUUUCGAGACAAGGUUUCU